CCGGUUCGAAGGGACUUGCAAGGAGGCAGCCAGCGAACACGAGCGCAUCAGGUGUCUACAGAAGAAGUCUCUCCAGUGGGAGCCGCACCAUAAAGUAUCAAUACUGAAAACCAGAUUUACCAUUUACAUAUUAUAUGUGACUACAUAUUUAUGUAGCCUAAAGCGUACGUAGCUUUAGACAUUUCUUUGGAGUAAAUCUUUAAAAUGUUCACAUUGCCAAAGGUUUUAAACAGGAAAUCGGCAAAAAAUCCUAUAAAUUACUAAGUCAAUUUUUCUUAUCGAAGAACGUGUGCUCCUACUUUUAAUGGAGGCGUGAGAAGUCAUGUAUCAAUCGAAAAGACACCCUCGCCUUAUUGUGCGUAUAUUAGAUGUGCAGUAGAUACGCACAAGUUAGCUUGACCUUUGCAGAAAUUAGAACGUAAUAUCUUUUUUUUCAAGAGUGUGGUAUUCCUGUGAUCUAAAGUGAUGGACUCGUCAGCUUUAAGUAACCUAAGUGAAGGACUGGGGAAUUUCAAUAUAACGGAUACGGCGACAGCGCCAAAGAAACUUUUAUUUGGGAUUGGCAUCGACAACUUUAUAACGCUUGUAAUCUUUGGACUCAUAUUCACUCUCGGUGUGCUGGGAAACUCCAUGGUGAUAACGGUCCUCGCCCGGAGUAAACCUGGAAAACCUCGGAGCACCACCAACAUAUUCAUCCUCAACCUCAGCAUAGCUGAUCUGUCGUACCUUCUGUUCUGCAUUCCGUUUCAAUCGACUGUGUAUAUACUCCCGACUUGGGUGCUGGGAGCGUUCAUCUGCAAAUUCAUUCACUACUUUUUCACGGUGUCUAUGUUGGUCAGUAUAUUCACCUUGUCCGCGAUGUCGGUGGACCGCUACAUCGCCAUCGUGCACUCCAGAAAAUCGUCGUCGAUUCGUGUGGCUAAACAUGCUUUGAUUGGAGUGGUCGUGAUUUGGAUUCUGUCGUUUGCCAUGGCAGCGCCGGUUGCCUAUUACAAGGGCAUAGUGAGGGGAGAUAACGGUACCUAUUGCUGGGAAGAGUGGCCGGAUCUGAAUCAAAAGAAGGUCUACGUUGUAUGCACUUUUGUUUUUGGUUACGUGCUGCCUCUUCUUUUAAUUUCGUUUUGUUACGCAAAGGUUUUAAACCAUUUGCACAAAAAGCUGAGGAACUUGUCCAAGAAAUCGGAAGCGUCAAAGAAGAAGACUGCCCAGACAGUUCUGGUGGUUGUGGUGGUGUUCUGCUUGUCCUGGCUGCCCCACCAUGUGGUUCACAUCUGGGCGGAGUUUGGUACCUUCCCCCUCAACCAGGCUUCCUUUGUGUUCCGGGUGGUGGCCCACUGCCUGGCCUACAGCAACUCCUCCGUCAACCCCAUCAUUUAUGCCUUCCUGUCGGAGAACUUUCGGAAGGCCUACAAGCAAGUGUUUAAGUGUCAGCUCAGCAACGAGUCCCCCCUCAAUGACAUCAAAGAGAUAAGGAGCAAAAUGGACACACCGCCAUCCACCAACUGCACAAAUGUCUGACUGAGUCUCUGGGAGGUUGUUACCCCCGGCGAGAAGCUCUGGGCAAAGACAUGGCCAUUUCAGAGAGGGGUGAGAAGCAAGAUGGAAAAGCCGCAGAUUGUGUAAACGACUGAGGUUGACAAUUUAUUUUUUCUACUGUGACAUGAAGUGAUACAGAGAAAUUUUAACAUACUGUAGAUGUAUCAUAAUAACUCAACCAGUGGUUUUAAAUCAUUGGCAGGUCCCAUUGGGACGGACAUACAUGUCAGUAUUACUGACACCUGUAUGUUAUAUAAUAUCCAUGCCAUGGUCAAUGGAAACGGAAUGGGAAGUGUUUCUAGAAACCUUUAGGAUACCAGAAAUGUAUUUGUUGAUUCUUGAUGACAUAUUCAAUGCUUAUGACAUUUCAAAAACUGUGAACGAGAUCCCUUUUUCAUGCUGAUUUUUGUGUACGUAAUAGCUUCAUUGUUCCUACUUUGGUCUUUAACACUUUUUUAACAAGAUGAAAGGAACACCACACUCUUGGAAAAAAAAAGAACAGUAUGGCUGCAGUCUAAAAAAUAAACAUCUGCAGCCACUGAAUGAUCCACUCAGUCAUAAACGUGUACACUGUAACAAGCACUCAAGAUUUUCAGUUUUUUCAGAAGGGUGGACAAAUCAUAAAUACAUGUAGUAGUCCUCUGAACUACAAUGCAAGUAAAUCUGGUAGCCCAGUUCAAUUUUUUGGCAGCCCACAUAUAUAUUGAUAUAUACAGGUAUGUGUCACUUACAAUGCAUUUGCUAAGAUAGUCAAAUUGGGCUAUUCAAAGCGUAAAAAUCUUAAUAGCGUGAGGUAUUCUUUAAUGUGGUUUCAUUCAAGCAAAUUAUUAUAAUUUUGUAGCUCCUGGGAAAGGGUUGACAUUCAACCUCCACUCUGCUGUCAAAAUGCUGAUCAGUUGUGAACUGCCUACCCUUAGAUUCAUCAAGGGAGAACCCUUUAGAUUAGAUUAAAACCCAAUUAGAUUUUGUCUUUUUUGCCAAUCCAUAUUCAACAGUGGCCUAGGGAGUUUACUGCUGGGCCCUCGGGCUUUGAAACAUCACAGUUUGUUAGUCCUGAACAAAAUAUAUUAGAUUUGUAAUUUGCAUGUGGUUAAAGUGCACAUUCUCAGCUUUUAUUUAAGGGAAUUUAUCAUACAUUUUGGUUUCAACAUGUAGACAUUACAACUCUUUUUAUAAAUAGUCCCCCCAUUUCAGGGCAUCAUAAUGUUUGGGACAAAUUGUGUCACAGGCGUUUCUGUGUUCAGUGAAAUAAGAAGAAAAAAAACAGUUGGGGACAUCCUUAAACAAAAAGAGAGCACUGGUAAGCUCAUAGAUCACAAAAAGCCUGGUAAGCCAAGGAAGACCUCUACAGUAGAUGACCAAAGGAUUCUCACCACAAUGAAGACAAACAACUGUCCAACAGUUCAGAAACACACUUCAAGCAGGCAUGGAUCUAUUAAUGACUACUGUCCACAGAUGACUUCACAAACAAAAAUACAGAGGCUGUACUGCAAGAUGCAAACCACUAGUUUGCCGCAAAAACAGGAUGGCCAGGUUACAGUUUGCUGUAGAAGCACCUAAAGGAGAAUGCAGAGUUCUGGAAAAAAUGUGGAUAGAUGAGACCAAGAUUCACUUGUAUCAAGGCCAAUUGGAACUGCCCAAGAUCCAAAGCACCCCCCCCUCAUCUGUGAAACGUGGCGUUGGGGGUGUUAUGGUUUGGGCAUGUAUGGCAUGUAUUGUACAGGACUAACAAACUGUGAUGCUUCAAAACCCAAGGGACCAGCAGUGAACUCCCUAGGCCACUGUUGAAUAUGGUUUGGCAAAAAAAAAAAAGGUUUUCCCUUGAUGAAUCUAAUGUUAGGCUGUUGUUAGGCUAAUGUUCACAACUUAUCACCAUUUACACAAUUAUAAUCAUUAGCAUGAAUGAAAGGGUAAGCAAAUUAAAGAAUACCUUGCGCUAUUUAGAUUUUUAAAUCUGACACACUUAGUGCAAUUUUAAUAACUUAGUAAAUGUAAGAUAAGGGACACAUACCUGCAUAUAUCAAUAUAUAUGUGGGCUGCCGAAAAAUGAAACUGGGCUACCAGAUUUACCUGCAUUGCAGUCAUUGUAGUAGGAGGACUACCACAUGGAUUUAUGAUUUGUCCACCCCUGGACUGAAAAAGUAGAAAAUCAUAAGCGUUGGUUACAGCAUACACUUUCACAUUUACGACUGCAUGGAUAUAUAAACUAUAUAUAUUUUAUUUAAAUUUUUGGACUGAUCCGACUGAUUAGGGAAUCUUUUGAGAAUAUCUGUAAAUAACAGACAGCUUGGGCUGAAACUGGCCAAUUAUGAUUACUGCCAUUAUAAAUAUGUGCAUGGCCUGUGAGAAACACUAUCUGCAUCCAUUUUGUAUUUAUUUAUUUUUUUAGACAGUGUGCUCUCAAGCUGUUCAUCUUGUGUUCACUGACAAACAGCAUCUGCCCAUCUCUUUGGAGGGGUGUAUGGGGUUAUUUAUGAUGUCAGGAUACAGGGGUAUGGCACAGCAUAAUGCUGUGUGCUUUUCCAUGCAGUGGCAGAAACUGUUAAGCAUGGACGCCUAAUGAAAAAAAAAUUACACAUGAUUAUGAGAUGGACUUUAACACACGCCUGCUCUGUAUACCACAAAGGCUUCUGCUCUGGGUUUGCAGUAGUUUGUGUUUCGCAUUAAAACUGAAACUGAUCGUCACUCAUAAUUGUACAAAGUGAACAUCUGGAAAAUA